CUUUGGGUAGAGAGACCUACCCGCAUCAUACCUAAAAGAAUUAAAUCCAUGGACUUGGAAUAUCUUCUUCAGCCUCAAUCCUAAACCCGACGACCAACUUUUACAUUAUCGAAUGAUUUAAUAUAUUUACUGUUUUAUAUCAAAGUAGUAUAUUAUGGAAAUGCCUAGCACGACACGGUGAAGCAUACCGUUAUCCAGGUUUUCUAAGUCUUGGUAGAAAGAUGGAAUGCGUCAUUGUGACGCCGCAAUGAGCUGAAUGACCCCCGCAUACGCACCCAUUACACCCAUCAUGGUCCCAGCUCCAAGGUCCAAGGAACGAAACGUUCGAUACAGCGUUACAGACAGCAGUUAGGGGGGACAUCAGUUGAAUUAGGUAUCUAUACGAAUUGUAAGUAUAUACCUACUUCGUUGAUAUAGAUACUCAGAUGUCUUUUUACGAAUAUCAGGUAAAUGCCCAAUGCAUUAAAAUCUGUGGUAACCACGUGGAACGUACGUGUUGAUGAUUGAAUUGAGCGGCAGAGAAAAAGAUCAUGCCACUUUUAUUCUUCACAUCCAAGAAUGGCACCGGGAACAGGCGCUCGACGACAAGACAGGCUUCAAAAUUCCUUGCAUAUCUACCAAACAGUUACUAGACUGUCAACACAGCACCUCUUUCGGUGUCCAGUCAAGUAUGGCACCCAUCUUGGAAAAGAGAAGAAGAUUUUCGACGACCUCCGCUCACCACCAGCGCCGACUUAGUGAGUUUGCUGCCAAACACGGGCUUUUCUCACGAGCUCUUACGCCACUAUUUCUUGGCAUAUCAGCCGUAACCAGCGAAGAUGGUACCGUGGUACUAUCUAUCGCGACACACGACAAUACUUAUCUCAUCGACUAUAUGGUCGAGCACUUGAAAAUAAAUGACCAGUCGCAAGAAGGCAAAGAUGCCAUCGCAGAUUACGUAGUUUCCCAGGUGCAAAAGUAUGAGCACCAAAACUUCGUCAAAUUCGUCGGCGCAGGGUUGCCUCUAGAGCUCAAGAAAUUGAGCCCCACUCUCAAUUCCCGCCUUUGGUUGGAAGUCGAUAUCGUUCCCAUCGAUUUCGACACUGAUCAAUCCGAGAUGUCCUUCUGGGACGAGAAGAAUGUCGAUGAGCAGGCUGACUCUAUGGCACGCAAGUGCGUUAUGAUCUUUGGACCUUCCCUAGUGCCUAUCCUGCAAGUCGGCUUCCGAGGCGCUGUCAUGAGUGAUGCAGGUUUCAAAGCACACCUAACAACCCUCGAGGACUACAAAUCAACAUGUGGCAAGGCUACAUGGGAUUCUACGAUACGUUAUGCUAAUGAAUUGAAAGGUAAAAAGGUCAAAAUCGCCUUCUUCAGUUCAACACCCCAAGGAGGGGGCGUCGCUCUCAUGCGUCACGCAUUGGUGCGGUUUUCUCGCCUAGCAGGAGUUGACUUGACGUGGUACGUUCCAAAACCGCGCCCGGGUGUCUUCCGGAGUACGAAGAAUAUGCACAAUAUUCUUCAAGGAGUCAGCAAACCAGAUGAACGUAUCUCACCGGAGGAGCAAGAGAUGAUCACGGAUUGGAUCACGGAGAAUGCCAACCGAUAUUGGCUUUCAAAGGGAGGGCCAUUGCGCCCUGUUGAAGAAGGCGGGGCCGAUGUCAUUGUGAUUGACGACCCUCAAAUGCCUGGCCUUAUUCCAUUAAUCAAGGAGGUCACACCGAAUAGGCCUGUUAUUUACCGCUCGCAUAUUCAAAUCCGCAGCGACCUUGUCGCCCAGGGUGGCUCGCCACAGGAACAAGCAUGGAAUUUCCUGUGGAGCAAUAUUCGUCACGCGGAUAUGUUCGUGAGCCACCCCAUUCCAAAAUUCGUUCCGGAUAACGUCCCCCGAGAAUUGGUCACGUAUAUGCCGGCGACGACAGACUGGCUCGAUGGGUUGAACAAGCCCAUUAACGAGUGGGACACCGGCUACUACGGUAGCAACUACAAUUCGCAAUGCCAUGCUCAGCAUAUGACGACAUUGAGGUACCCAGAAUGCAAAUAUAUCGUCCAAGUGGCUCGCUUUGACCCAGCGAAAGGCAUACCCACAGUUAUCGACUCGUAUGGCGAGUUUCGCAAACGUGCUGCGGAACUCGGCCUGGAAGACAUCCCCCAAUUGGUAGUUGCGGGCAAUAGCUCAAUCGACGAUCCCGACGGAAACAUCAUAUACGACAUAGUUAUGGAGCAAAUUGAGAUACAUUAUCCGGAUCUUGCCGGCGACAUCAGUGUCAUGCGUCUACAGGCCAAUGACCAGCUUCUCAACACGCUAAUCGCAAAAGCACACGUUGUUCUCCAGCUAUCCACUCGCGAGGGGUUUGAGGUCAAAGUAUCCGAAGCGCUCCACGCCGGGCGACCAGUGAUCGCGACUCUAGCUGGCGGCAUACCAAUCCAAGUUAAGGACAGGGAGAACGGGUUCCUGGUCGAGCCCGACGACUAUAAGGCCGUCGCGGAGCAUCUCGUGGAAUUAUUCACGGACCAGGACCUAUGGAAUCGGAUGAGCGACGCAGCAAGGACUGGUGUCAGCGAUGAAGUAGGCACGGUCGGUAACGCGCUUUGCUGGUAUUACCUCGCGAAUAAAUUCUCCCAUGUUGGAGGAGUAAAGCAAGCUGGUGCCGGGCCGUUCAAAGGAAACUGCAGAUGGGUUAAUGAUCUGGCGCGAGAAGAGGCUGGUCAUCCAUACGCGGAGGGAGAGAAUCGCCUUCCGCGCCAGUUCACGCGACAAGUCGAAUUACCCAGAUUCCAUGAGAAUGGGUCGAACUCAUAGAGGGCUAUGGGUGUGAGUAAUGUAUGUGGACCUAGUGAACGGGAUGUUCAUGUGAUAUAUUUGCUGGCGUUAUAGGUAUGGUUAAGUUUCCAUCCGCUCCGCCGAGUUUCGAUAUAUUCCGGUUUGUUCGAUUUCGUCUUACUAUAUACGCACGGGACUUGAGGAUGUUUACGCUUCAAUAACAACUUACAUAGAAAUACAUAUGGAAAACGCGGCGCUUGACCGUAUCGUAUGUUUUUAUGGACGUUUCGGGGAGUUAGAAGGGUCCAGAGUCGACGCCAAUUACGUAAAUAGUACCGUCUAAGAUUCCCAUAACUUAGCGGGUCGCAUAGAUCCAAGUCGAUGAGUAAUGGGACGUUUUUAACAGGCCGUAUUUUGCCAAACUAUCUAGCAAAUGCCUCGCUAUUCAUAACCCCCCUGAUAUGCGUCUCUUACGAUCCAUGUGAUACGCUUGACCUAGUUGGAACAUUUUUUCGACAUCGAAAGCAACCCGGGAAUAUAUAGCAAUAAUUAGAAUCUCCUCGGAGAUCAUCAUUCAAAUGCGAAUAUGCAAGGUAAUGAACGUUUUCGGAAGAGAAGCUGAAAUCGAGAUGACCUCAGCGG